CCAAAUCUCAGAGUUGUCUUCCUCCCUUUCCCGCUCCGGUGGACUGUGAAAACAACAAACAGUUUCAGCUCUUUGCCGCCGACUCACUCUCUAGUCCCCUCCAAAUGUCUCCAAUAAACGACGGCACUACCAUCCGAUGACAAAGAAAAAGGCAAUCGCCCUCCCUCUGCGUUAUUCCCCUCGCUCUUCCCCCUCACUGUUGGAAUGGUGGAAAACGAAUAUGAAGCUCCUUGGAGGUGCGUAUCGACUCUCCCAACAACUGCAAAUAGUUCCA